AAAGACGCGCGGUGUAUAUAUUGCUGCGACCGUGUGUGGAGAAUCAGUACAACUGAAACUACAGCAAUGAAAAUGAACAUGAAGGUCUUCGUUUUCCUGGGCCUUGUAGCCUUUGUGGCCGCCGUCAGCUUUGAGUCCUAUGAAUACCGACCACCAAGGUUUCAGCGCUCGUCUGAGGAGUCCUACGAGUCCUCCGAAGCCAAGUACAGCUUCAACUGGGCUGUGAGCGAUGACUCCUCCAGCAACGAGUUCGGACACCAGGAGGCCCGUGACGGCGACGACACUCAGGGAUCCUACUACGUGCAGCUCCCCGACGGCCGCCUGCAGACUGUCAAGUAUUUCGUGGACGGCGACUCCGGCUACGUGGCCGAAGUCAGCUACGAGGGCGACGUCUCCUACGAAUCUGCUUCCUUUGAAUCCCGAGAGUACAGGCCUCCCAGACCUCGCUAUUUCUACGACUCCAACGAAUCAAAGUAAAUUCUUGGUGAACACUCGUUGACUGCUGCAUAUGUUGCAUAUAUUCAUCUACAGUUAUUUAUUUACAUUAAUAAAAUAAGUAUUCAUAUUAUAAA